ACCCUGCUGGUGGCCGUGGAGUCAGCGCAGCUGGCUUGGUGCAGAGCAGUGUGAUUCAUGGGAAAAGGACCUCACAGCAUCGUGCUGCACACAGGGCUCCUGAGUUCUGUCCUGGGACCUGGGAUGGAGGGAGCUCUGCUGGCAGCCCUGAGCUGGGAGCAGAGGAGAGCUGGUGUUAUUAUGAUGAUGGCCUGACAGUCCCCUGGUGGGGGUCCACAGGCCAUGUUCUCCCCGUGUGACGCCGACUCUGACAUCGCUGAUUGGCUGGCCACCAUCCAUCUGGAGAGAUACCAGGAAACCUUUAAGCAGCAUGGGUUCCAAGUGGCCAGAGAUGCUGUCUCCCUAGGCAACAAAGACCUGCAGCGGAUCGGCAUCACUGCCACUGGGCACCGCAAAAGGAUCCUGAGUCUGGUGCAGCAGACGCAGCUGUUGGUGCAAGACAAAGGCAGGCCCAUGGCAGGAGAUGCCUGUGCCAAGCCUGGCACAUGUACAGAGCCCCUGGAUGUGCCCAGAGUGUGCCAAGCAGGCAAGGAGAACAAUGGGACAAGUACUGCUAAUGGAGCCCCAGUAGCAGCCAUUGAUGGGCUUGGGAACCACCAGUGUUCAGCUAGCCCCAGCCAAAACCCACCUCUGGAGAUGGAGCCUGCUCCACCCAUUGCCAAGCCGGUACCCAAGCCUAGGACGUUCUUCCAACGCCCUAACCCAGCAGCAAGGCCAGAGCAGGGCCUGGUGCCCACGCCGCUGGCACGGACAUCAGUGCCAACACGCAAACCUGGCUGUGAGGGGCCUUCUGCUGCUUUCAUUGUACACGAGGGGUUUGUGCCAGGGGAAAGCUCCAUGGAUCUUGGGCGCUCGGAGUUCACCCUGGAGCAGCAGGCCGGCUCAGGAGAGAGAGGCUCAGCAGGCCCCCAGGCACCCCAGCCUGUGGGGAAGGAAAGUGCUAUGGAGCCUACGCCAAUGCCCCGGGCUGGGGUGGCUGAAGUGGGUUUGGAUGAUGUAGAGAUCCAGGCUGGGUGUGGAAAAUCCUCUCCUUCCAUCCCCGGUGUCUCUCCACGCCUCAGCCAGGGGAUCCAGCCAGCUGAUUGCAGCCCUGUGAGCCCAGGAGUGAGCCACUCGCCGUGCAGCUUCCCAUUGUCUGCUCCAACCAGCCCUGCUGCCAGUGCGCAGAGAGAGCCCUCGCCAGCCCCGGGCGCCCCCUCCCAGCCAGCCUCUGCAUGGGGCAGGAUGGAGAUGGUUUCCAAUAUCAUUUAUGAGGGACUUGAACCCCCUUCACAACCAGCUGGGUGUUCAGGGGAUGAGGAGCUUGCGAGGAAUCAACCUACCCCACAGCCACUGGUCUCAGCUACACAGCAAGGGACCACACCAGCAGAGAAGCCUGACUCUCCCAGAUGGCCCAGCCUGGACCUGCCCCCCAUCCCACAGAGACCUGCCAGCUGGCCAGAGCCUGCUGAGGAGCCCAUCAGUCCCUACUGUGAGGCCGUGUUUGGAGGUGGGCUCCCUGCCCGGGAGCAGAAGAGCACUGGGACCCCCGCUGUGCCAGGCUGUGAAGUGGUGCCAGAGCACUUCCCCGAGCUGGAGAGAGAAAGGCCCAGGACCAGCAGCGAGGGAACAGCCGAGGAGCAUGAGAGCCGGGCCCAGCGGCUUGACUGGAUCCUCCAGAACGACAUGAAGGACUAUGCCAUGGUGGAAGCUCCCCAGGCUGAGGGCUCCCAGUUCAGCCUUCCAUCUCACCUCUACUCAGACGAGGUCCUGGAUGACUUGACCAUCUCCCCAUACGCCAGCUACACCUUGCUGUCUGAGCGUCCACCCACCAUGCUCAGCGGCUGGCUGGACAAACUCUCCCCGCAGGGGAAUUACGUUUUCCAGAGGCGCUUCGUCAGAUUCGAUGGGAAAAACCUCAUGUACUUCCACAGCGAGAAGGAGCCAUAUCCCAAGGGUGUGAUCCCGCUCUCUGUCAUCGAGAUGGCACGCGCCACCAAGGAGAACAAGUUCCAGGUCGUCACGAGCCACAGGAUCUUUCUCUUCAGAGCCGAGAACGAAGCUCAGAGGAACGAGUGGUGCUCCACCUUGCAGAGGAAGGUGGCAGAGCAGCGGUUGGUCAGCCCCCGGCCCCGCCUGGCCAGCAGCACUCACUGCCAGAAGUGUGGCAUCCUGGAGCUCAAGGGCCACAAGUCCAAGCUGUUCGCAGCCCUCAGCCUGGCCAACAUGUGGCUGUACAAGAACGAGCAGUUCUUUAAAAUGGGCAUCGCCAUCUGCCUGAUUGAGCUCCACGGCGCCACCAUCCGGGAAGCCAAGAACCGCUGCUUCGAGCUCAUCAGCCCAUUCAAGAUCUUCAGCUUCGUGGCCGAGUCGGAGCGGGAAAAGCGGGAGUGGAUGGAGGCGCUGCAGGACGCCAUUGCAGAGAUGCUGUAUGACUACGAGGUGGCCGAGAAAAUCUGGUCCAACAAAGCCAACAAGUUCUGUGCUGACUGCAGAGCCCUGAGCCCUGACUGGGCAUCCAUCAACCUGUGUGUGGUGAUCUGCAAGCAGUGUGCAGGUCAGCACCGGAGCCUGGGCUCCAGCGUGUCCAAGGUGCAGAGCCUGAAGCUCGACACCAGCGUCUGGAGCAAUGAGAUUGUCCAGCUGUUCAUCGUGCUGGGGAACGAGCGAGCAAACCGGUUCUGGGCCGCGCGCCUCCCGCCCGCUGAGGCCCUCUACCCAGACUCCAGCGCAGAGCAGAGACAGGUCUUCAUCACUCACAAAUACCGUGAUGGGCGGUACCGCCGCCCGCACCCCCGCUACACCUCCCAGGAUGACGUGCUGCAGACGCUCUGUGCUGCUGUGGCAGGGCCCGGCCUGCUGAAGACAAUCUUGCAGUUCUUCUCUGCCACUGAAACCGGGAUGGCAGCUGACACAGGGGGCUGCGACGGGUCGCAGGGAACCGAGCUCUGGCAGACCCCUGAGAACAGCUGGCAUGGGAACCAUCCAGGGAGCCCCAGUGCGCAGGAGCUGAGUCUGGAAGGGGUCUACAAUGAGAUCACCCAGCCUGUGGUGCACAGUGGCUACCUCUACAAGGCACCAGCCCUCUCCAAGCUCUCCAGCACCAGGAAGAGCAGAGAUGAACUGCACCGCGUCUGGUGCUCCCUGGAGAAGUCUCUCCUCUUCUACGAGACUGACAAGUGUUCUGAGUUAGUGGGGAAGGUUGAGCUGGCUGACAUGGUCUCGCUGGGCGUGAGCAGAGCAGAUGGACUGGCCAGUCCUGGGCCUCCAGACAGGUUCCGCUUCACCUUGGAGCUUUUCCUGAGCGGCGACAAAGUGCAGCAGCUGGGAGCUGACGGGCUGGACACCCUGCAGGCCUGGGCCAGUGCCAUCGGCAAGUGGUUCACACCGCUCAGCUGUCACUGCCUGCUGGGCUACGAGUUCCAGAGAGUGGGACAGUUGCGCUGCAGAUCCAUGCUCAGUCCUGAGCAGUGGCUGCAGGGCUUCUUCAUCCUGCAGAAAGCCCACCUGUUCUUCUGCCCGGGGGAGGAGGGCGCAGCCGAGGACAGCAUCAACCUCCGGAGGCUGCAGGAGCUCAGCCUGGUCCCCCUCACUGAGACUCCUGAGAAGAAGGAGGUGCUGAUCCUGGUGGAGAUGGGGAGGACCUUUUACCUGCAGGGGGUGACACGGAUGGACUUCGCAGCAUGGUGCGCGGACAUCCAGGCCUCGGCGGGGGGACGGGGCAACGCCCUGCGCGACCAGCAGCUCAGCAGGAGUGAUAUCCCCAUCCUCGUGGACAGCUGCAUUGCCUUCAUCACCCAGUACGCACGCAGGUCCCACGACAUGGUCUCUCUCUCGCGCGCUCUGCCCACAGGGCUGCGACAUGAAGGCAUUUACCGGAAGAACGGGGCCAAAUCCCGGAUCAAGGUGCUGAUGGAGCAGUUCCGCAGGGAUGCCCGCAAUGUCAAGCUGCGGAUCAGUGACAACUUCAUUGAGGACGUGACCGAUGUGCUGAAGAGAUUCUUCCGGGAGCUUGAGGACCCCGUCUUCACCUCGGAGCUGCACCCCCAAUGGAAGGAGGCUGCGGCAAUAGCCCUGAAGCCCCAACGGCUGGAGCGCUACAAGGAGCUGAUCAACCGCCUGCCCCGCCUCAACCGCAGGACACUGGCUGCUCUGAUUGGUCACCUCUACCGCGUGCAGAAAUGUGCUGACUUCAAUCAGAUGAGCACCAAGAACCUGUCACUGCUCUUUGCUCCCAGCCUUUUCCAGACAGACGGCAAAGGGGAACACGAGGUCAAGGUGAUGGAGGACCUGAUUGAUAACUACGUCCGCAUUUUCAACAUUGACGAGGACCAGGUGUCGCAGAUGGAUCUAGAGAACAGCCUCAUCACUACCUGGAGGGAUGUGCAGCUCUCACAGGCUGGAGAUCUCAUCAUUGAGGUUUACCUGGAGCAGAAGCUGCCAGACUGCUGUGUCACCCUGAAGGUGUCGCCUACCAUGACGGCGGAGGAGCUGACCAAUCAGGUGCUGGAGAUGCGCAACAUGCCAGCGAGCCUGGACAUCUGGCUGACCUUUGAGGCCCUGGAGAAUGGGGAGCUGGAGCGUCCCCUGCACCCCAAGGAGAAGGUCCUGGAGCAGGCUCUGCAGUGGUGCAAGCUGCCUGAGCCCAGUACCGCCUACCUGCUGGUGAGGAAGGUUCCCAUUGGACAAGGCAGCUGUCUCUUCACAGGUGCCAAGCGCGAGAGCCCCAAGUGUGGGGUGCUGAAGUGUCGGGAGGAGCCCCCCAAACUCCUGGGCUGCAAGUUUCAGGAGCGAUACUUUGUCAUCCAGGAUCACAAGCUGCUGCUGCUGAAGGAGAAAAGGAGUGCCCGGCCGGAGCGGGAGUGGCCCCUCAACAUGGCCAAGGUUUACAUGGGGAUUCGGAAGAAGCUGAAGCCGCCGUCCCAGUGGGGAUUCACUCUGAUCCUGGACAAGCAGCAGCUGUACCUGGCAUGUGCGGGGCAGGCCGAGCUGUGGGACUGGACCACCAGCAUUCUGAAGGCUCAGCACGACGACCUGCGCCCAGUGAUCAUGAGACGGCGCUCCUCCUCCGACCUCACCAAGCAGAAGUUUGGCACCAUGCCCCUGAUCCCUCUGCGGGGAGACAAUACAGAUGCCACCAUGCUCUCUGCCAACCAGACCCUGCGCCGCCUGCACACGCGAAGAACUUUGUCUAUGUUCUUUCCCAUGAAGAUGCACCAGGACUCGGUAGAGGAGCAGCAGGAGGAGGCAGUGGACACAGAGCCUGUCUACGAGGAGGUGGGUGACUUCCCAGUGCUGGCCCCACUGCGGCUGGACGGAGGCCUCCUGGCCGAGCUCUCCCAGGUGCCCGCCGUGGACAGAUCAAAGAAGCCGGCCCUGUUCCCAGAGCAGCCUGCGCCCCCAGCACUUCACUCUGCACGGCCCAUCAGCCCAGAGCAGAGACCGUCUGGCGCCCACUUCACCAAGUCGCUUUCCCUUGAAAGAGAUCUGACCCUGGAGCCUGAAAAGACCCCGGAGUGGGACAAGUCCCCUGGGCUCAGAGCCACCCAAACAGCCUCACUCGAGAGAAAUAUGGAUCUACCCCGCACGCUGCCUGCCCUGGGGAGGGAGCAGAACUGGACCCGGAACCCCCCACGCCCUGCGCAGCUGCCCCUUCCUCUGGAGCUGUCUCCCAGCCCUGAACCCCUGCAGGACGGCACCAGGAAGAGGAGUGCCCAGCUGCCCAUGCCCAUCAACGAGAAACUCAUGCAGGAGCUCAGCAGCAUCAUCCUCAAGAAGAACGAGUGCCAGGCAGACGGGCCUGGGCAGCAAGUCACGUGACCUUGCAUGGCAGUGCCAGCUGCAGGUAAUGUCCUGUGAUACCUGAGCCCUCUCUGGACACUCCUACCUUGCUCCCCAUCUGGCAUUCCCAGGGCUGGCUGCCAUGUCCCCACCUCCCCCAACCCAGAGGAGCCCAGCGAGCCACCCCAGGAUGGGACACAGCAUUCAAGCCUCCAGCCCUGCCCUCCCAGGGUUCCUCCAGCUCUCUUGCCUAUGCCAGGUGGUGUCAGCUAAAGGCAGUUAGUGGGAUGCAGAAGUUGGCUCUGCCCCUUAAGGCAUUGAGCCAGAGCAUUGUCUGCCCCCAGAGCACUGCACCCACAGCAGGGGGACACGCCAGCUCCAAUACCUCCACAGGAAGGCAUGGGACUGGAGCCUUCCCUGGGUCAUGGGCAGGGCAACUGAGGCAGGAGGAGGAGAUUGUGACUGAUUGUGCAAAGCAAAGGGAAGUCACUGAGAAGGGAAAAGCAGAAACUAAAUUACAGGAAGGAGGCAAAUUUUUGCAAACAUGCAUUGUGCCUGGGUGUCUGCGUGGGAGGUGUGUGUGUCUUGGGUGGCUCCAGUGUGCAUGACGUCUGCAUGGGAGGUGUAUGCGAUGGCUGUGUGUGGUUCCUGUGGCACAGUGCCUGUGUGGGAGGUGUAUGUGAUGGCUGUGUGUGGUUCCAGUGUGCACAAUGCCUGUGCCGGCUGUGCAGGAGGUGUGCGAUGGUUGUGUGUGGUUCGAGUGUACACAAUGCCUGUGCUGGCUGUGAAGGAAGUGUGCAAUGGCUGUGUGUGUUUCCCAUGGCACAGUUGCUGUGCCGGCUGUGCAGGAGGCAGUGCUGUAACAAGGGCAAGGCUAGUGAGGCAUAUGCCUCGGGCACACAAAGCCGGGGGGUGGGGGGCGCGUAGAAAGUGGUGGAGAGAAAAUAAAAAAAGCUGCUGGCAGGCACAGAGAUAUUUAUAACCCAGGUAAUCUAUCCCUGGGCCCCCCCCCGCGCCUCCCCCAGUGUCCCCUGGCCCCGACUUGCUCCCCCGCCCCUUCCUGCCCCAGAGCAGAGCAGCUCCAUGCUGCCUCCCUGCCGCAGGGUUCUAGUGCCCCCCAUCUCCACUGCCAGGGCAGACUGACUCUGAACCUGCCCUUCCCCCUCAGACCCU